UUGAAGUACGAUGGCGAUAUAAACGCUCUGAUGCAAACGAACCACCGAUUUUGCCGCUUGCUGAACCCCUACCUUUAUCGACACAACAUCCAAAAUUCUGAGGCCUCGGCACUUCGAUGGGCGGCUUUGAAUGGCGCUGUGUCGACUCUUGAGAAGGUGCUUGAGGCAGGA